AUGGAAUCUGUCGCAACUGUUGCAAUAAAAUGCACACCAUUCGGGACUUUGAAUCUCAUGCGGGAAGUGGGCUUCAUAAACCAUUUAAAAAUAUCUAUUUGGAAUCCGGGGUUUCUCUUCUCCAAUGCCUCAUUAACUCCUGGUCUAAGCAUUCAGCAACUGAUCGGUGGAUAUGAACGAAGGUUCCCUCUGGAGAUUGGAUCUGUGUAUGCUGCCCAUACAAACUCUGUGGAGUGGCUGUUAUUGCCUUUUGCAGUCCACCUGUCUUGCAUUGGUGGGAAGGAUGCUAGUCGUGUUGAUUACCAGAAUCCAUCCUUUUGUGGGCCAGAAUUCCAGAAGGUAGUUCGCUAUCUUUAUAAUUCUACUGUUUGGUCUUCUUCAGAAUCUUGA